CUCCACCGUGAGGCUGCGCGGCGCCGUACGGCAACAUGGCGGCGCCCGGAGCGGCGGCGGCGGCGCUGGUGCAGUACGUGGUGCUGCGGGGCGACCUGGCCCGCUCGUGGCCGCUGGGCGCGGUGGUGGCCCAGGCCUGUCACGCCGCCCUGGCGGCCGCGCACGCGCACGGCGGCCACCCGGACACCGGCGCCUACCUGGCGCUGGGCGGCGCCAUGCGUACGGUGGUGCUGGAGGCUCCAGAUGAGGCCGCCCUGACGGUGCUGGCAGAGACCCUGAAGCAGCACAGCAUUGACCACGAAGUAUGGACUGAGCAGCCUGAGAACAUUCCCACCUGCCUGGCGCUCAGGCCCUACCCGAAGGACCAAGUGCACCAGCACCUGAAGAAGUUCAAAUUGCUGAAGUGAUCUCUGCUCUAACUGCGGAUGGCCACGGGCAGCUCUCCUCCCAAAUCAGAGCUUAGCUCGCCCCCAGACAAGCGCCAGGAGGAAAGCUGCUGCGUCUCGGGAGCGCUGCUAAAGCUUAUCAGCCUUGUGGGAUAGCGGUUAAAAAGUGUAAAACGCCUCUUUAGUGGAGAGGAUUAAAUAAUUGUCUGUGCAGAA